AUGGCUAAUUACACGUCAGCACCAGAGGAUGACUAUGAUGUCCUCAUAGAGGAUGAUCUGAGUGACAACGAAAUAGAACUAUGCACCCCAUACGACCCCAAGAUUCUCUCAGCGCAGCUGGUGCCUUACCUCUACACUACAGUGUUCGUGGCUGGCCUCCUGGACAAUAUCUUGGUUGUGUUUAUCCUGGUAAAAUAUAAACGAUCCAAGCAAGCAGAAAAUACCUGUUUCUUCAACUUGGCACUUUCUAACUUGUGUUUCUUGCUCACUCUGCCAUUCUGGGUUUACGCAGCCUCUCGUGGGGAGGGCUUUGAUGACCCCCUGUGUAAAAUUCUCCUGCUGCUCUACUCCGUAGGCCUGUACAGUGAGGCCUUGUUCAAUGUCCUUCUGACUGUGCAAAGAUACCAGGAGUUUUUCCGUGGGAGAAGGUGUUUCUUGGACUGCAGGCCUAUGGCUAGCAGAAUCUUCAUAAGUGCUCUAGUGUGGGUCACAGCCAUUCUGGUCACUUUGCCUGAACUUGUUUUUUACAAACCUCAGAUGGAAAGCCAGAAAUACAAGUGCUUCUUUAUUGGACUUCACUUCUUACCAGCUGAUGAGACAUCCUGGAAGCACUUUCUGACCUUAAAGAUGAACAUUUUGGGAUUUCUUUUGCCACUGUUUGCUCUUAUAUAUUGCUGCAUGCGAAUGGGGAGAACACGCCAGUUCAGGCAGAGGAACUAUGACCUUUGCAAGCUUGUUUCCACAAUAACAGCAGUUUUCCUUCUGAUGUGGGGACCCUACAAUAUUGCACUUUUCCUGUCUGCUUUCAACGAACAGCUCUCCCUGCAUGACUGUGGGAAUAGUUACAACUUGAACAAAACCAUUCAGAUCACGAGAAUCAUCGCCACCACCCACUGCUGCAUCAACCCUUUCCUUUACGUGUUUCUUGACAAGGCAUUUAGGAAACACCUCGGCCACCUUUGCCACCUGUGCAGUGACACUGCACCUCAACCCACUGAGGACCCUGCCCAAGGCACCUCAGGGGAAGAAUAUCACCUUACUACCGAAAUGGAAACUAGCUCCUGUCAAAGGCAGGAUAAAUAA